AUGCAGUCUCCAUCUGAGGAGGUGUUUGAUAGUGUCCAUGGAACAUUGCAUCCCUGGAUCCAAGGAACUGAUGAAAAAACCUUGAAAGACAAAAAUUCUGUGUAUUGCUUUAAUGAAGCACAAUUGACUAAAGUAGAUAAAGAAGAUAGAGUGAACCUCAAAGUUUCUGUAAAAGUAUUCCUUGAAAAUUUUGAGUGUGAAGAUUUGAAGUCUUCCCUUAUGCAAGUAAUGGAUGAUUUGGAUGUAAGCUGUAUCGAUUCAAUGAUUUUGUCUGUGCCUCAGCUUGAAAAGUUUGAUUUAAAUGACAUCAAACCAUUGUGGACAGAACUUGAAAGAUGGGUGCAAGAAGAAAAACUACUCACCAUUGGGAUUAGUGAUUUAGAUACUGAUCAGCUUGCUGAACUUUAUCAUUGGACACAGGUGAAGCCCAGUGUUAACCAAGUUAAUUUAGAAUCGUGCUGUGUUAUGCCUCCUGAGAUGACAGCAUUUGCAAAGGACAACGAUAUUCAACUUUUUACUCACAAUGACCCAAAAGUUUUACUUCCAAGAGAGAUGCUGCUGAAGAUUUUAGAGCCGGCCGUAUCCGAACCAGAGAAAUGGAAAGCUGACUGGAUUGUCAGAUAUUCUGUGCUGGUGAAAACUCGAGGAAUAAUACAAAAUAAAGGAUAUACAAUAUGUUUUUCAAAGAAAUCAUGAAUACAUAGUUUUACUGUUAGAAAAUCCAAAUGUUUAUUCCAUGCCUGUGAUCUAAAAUGUACUUAGUUCGCUUCUGAGCAGAGCUGAGGCUGGUAGCAUUUAAAAUAAUUUUUAAAGUUUUGUUAGCAUUUUCAAAAUUUGGAAAAUCUUUGUAGCAUCAAGUAAUAGUCACUUAUGCUUUGCUGCAGUCGUAUUAUUAUUGCAAUUUUUACGUAAAAAUAAAACUA